CCGAAGCCUUUUCUCCUCUGCUCUCCUGUUCAAAAAUCAAAAUCAACACUUCCAAUUCACCGGAACUCAAAUCUCUCCCUCUCCGAUCACCACUCUUCGCCACGGAAGCCUCCACCGUAGCGCGCCUAGACACUAGAUCUCAUCUUUUAAAAGGUACGUUCUUUGAUCGAAUCCGAUCCAAUCAAUUAAUCUCUGCUUAGAUUUUCACAUUUUGCAAACAAAAAAAACAUGAACUCCAAUUACGGGAAAGGUUCAUCUGGUUCUCUAAAAAGCUUCGAUUUCGAUCUCGGCCUCGGAUCUGGCCGACCCAAAUCCCUCAAUGACCAAAAGAAUAAAACCACUUCGUCAUAUUCAUCUUAUUCAUCAACAACAUCUGCACAAUCGAAGUCUGGGUGGCAACCAAACAAGCCGUCGUGGACUCACCAUCCCGCCCCGAAUCAGGCCACCCUACCUGGCUUAUCGGGUUCCUCUUCCAUGGUGGGAGACAUUUUUGGGAAGAACUGGGGUUCUUCGGGAAGUAAAAGCUCUGGGGUUGGAAUCGUUAAUAAGAACCCUAAUUUGUUUGGUGAUUUGGUUAGCUCUGCUUUGGGACAGGGGAAGAGUAAUAGUAAUUCUAAUGUUCCUUUGAAGAAUUCUAAUCCGACUUCAAAUUCUUCGAGUAAAAGCACAUAUUCAAUGGGGAAUUUGACUGAUUCGUUGCCCAAAAGUACUGGGAAUUGGGGAACUUCCAGUGGAUAUAAUAAUAACAGUGGUGUUGGAAGUAGUAAUGUUAAUGUCAAUACUAAUAAUAGUAAGAGUCAGAAUCUUGGUGUGGCUCCUAUGAAAAGUAUGGCCGGAGGAGCAGGUGGAAUCGGAGUUAAAAGUGGGAUUGGUUCAAAGGACCCUUUUGGUUUUUUGGUUGAUUUUUCAACAAAACCAUCGUGUAGCCUUAAUUCGGGAAGUAAUAAAGGAAAUAAGACAAAGGUUGCAGAUGAUGCAUUUGGGGAUUUUCAGAAUGAUUCAAAACCGAGCACAACUGCAUUUCCAUCUAGUGGUUUCAGUUCGAGUAAUAAUGAUUUUAUGGGGUCAAAUGUGGCUUCUGGUUUGAAUAUGGAUGAUUUUGGGAUGCCUGCAAAGAAUGUUGGAUCUCAAAAUCAACCAUCCAUUCAAAGCUCGGGCAGUGAUCCUCUCGACAUGUUCUUUUCAUCUUCAUCAGCUUCGACUGGAGGUUCUGCCCGAGCAUCUGGUGGAGGUGGAGAGCAGCAAUUUUCAGGAGUUGGUGAUUGGGGGUUGGACUCUGAGUUUGGAGGAGUGGGAGGAGGAAACGAUGGCAGCUCAACAACGGAGCUUGAAGGGCUUCCUCCUCCCCCGGCCGGUGUCAGUGCAUCUUCUGCAAAGAGCAACGGUAUCAACAACCAGAAGCAAGGCCAGUAUGCUGAUGCCAUUAAGUGGCUAUCGUGGGCAGUGAUUCUGCUUGAGAAGACUAACGAUAAGGCUGCCACCAUGGAGGUUUUAUCAUGUAGGGCUUCAUGCUAUAAAGAGGUUGGUGAUUAUAAGAAGGCUGUAGCCGAUUGUUCAAAGGUGCUAGAGCAUGAUGAAACCAAUGUGCAUGUCCUUGUGCAACGUGCACUCUUGUACGAAAGCAUGGAGAAAUACAAACUUGGGGCUGAAGAUCUGAGAACUGUUCUGAAGAUUGAUCCUGGCAAUAGAAUUGCAAGAAGUACCGUCCAUCGCUUGGCUAAAAUGGCGGACUAGAAGGUUUGAUGAUUCUUUUGUUUGUAUUAUCAUUCUUCAUUUAGGUUGAUACCCUUUCCCCCUCAUACUAAUAACAGAAUUAAGGGAAAGUAAUAACUCUCUUAUCCUAGAUACGUGGUCUUUAAACAUCUCAUUGUGGAGGGUUUAUGUGUAUGGUGUGAUUGGAUAUUAUAUCUUAUUUUGUUCGAGGUUUGGAAACGGCCUGUCUUUGAUAUUCGUAAACUGCUUCGGUGUUGCAUUCAGAACAUUAUAUUUUGUCA